AUGGCUGCCAAAAGCGAUGCCAACUGCAUCUUUUGCAAGAUCAUUGCUGGCCAGAUCCCAUCGCUCAAGCUGUACGACUCAGAAAAGACGUACGCAUUUCUUGAUAUUGGCCCCAUCUCGGAGGGUCAUGCUCUUGUGAUUCCCAAGCACCACGGCGCCAAGCUUCACGACAUUCCCGAUGAGCACUUGACCGAGCUCCUCCCGGUUGCUAAGAAGAUUGCGAUCGCCACGGGCGCCGAGCAGUACAAUGUUUUGCAGAACAACGGCCGCAUGGCUCAUCAGAUGGUCGAUCAUGUUCACUUCCAUGUGAUCCCUAAGCCAGACGAAAAGCAAGGUCUUGGCGUCGGUUGGCCUGCCAUGCAACCUGCUAAGGAGGAGCUGGCAAACAUUCACGAAAAGAUCAAGGGCCGUCUUGAAAAGCUCUGA